CUACUAAAAUAGUCCAAUUAUGGAUUCAUCUCAAAUGAUGAAAAAUAAAAUGAUGCAUCCCCUGUUUUCAUUUGCUGCUGCAACUGCCUUGCUAAACGGCGAAGGCGUCCACAGAGGAGCUGCAGCUGAUUUGCUGAUGUCAGUGCAGCAUUUCACGGCGGCGCAGGGUAGAAACGCACGCGCGCGCUGCCUUCCUCGCGUCCUCACCCUCAUCAUCACACAUGCGAACCCGCCUAGAAUCAUGCCGCCAGCUCUCAAGAUUUGGACCCUGCUGUGUUUGUGGCUGUGCAACCUGUCGGAACCGGCUCACCCAAAGCGGGCUUUCCGAUGCCCCUCAACAUGCAGCUGCUCCAAGGAGUCCAUCAUCUGCGUCGGGUCCUCCCAUGUCCUGAGAAGCUCUCCCAGCGAAAUUCUGUCCUUGAGCAUCGUCAAUGGGACUUUCACUGAGCUCAAGGAAGGGGUGUUUUCUCACAUGCCAUCCCUCCAGCUGCUACUUCUGAAUUCCAAUUCUCUAACAACCAUACGGGAUGAUGCUUUCUCAGGUCUACCACAUCUGGAGUACCUGUUCAUUGAGAGCAAUAAGCUGGAGACUACGUCCAGGUUUUCCUUCAGAGGACUCAGGGAUUUGACUCACUUGUCUUUGGCGAACAACAACAUUAAAGCUCUGCCUCGGGACCUCUUUGCUGACCUGGACUCACUAAUAGAGCUGGACUUGCGAGGUAAUGCCUUUGAGUGCGACUGCCGGGUAAAAUGGCUCAUGACGUGGCUGAAGAGCACCAACGCCACCGUAUCCGAUGUCUUUUGUGCCGCACCGGAGGACCUGAAGGACAAGCGCCUUAACGACAUGAACAGCCUGCACAACGAGUGCGUUUCCACGGAUUUCGUCCUCCAUCAGUCCUUGGAUGCAGAGUCUCUGUCUGUCGACACGUUCAGUUACAAGAAUGACGUCUACGUGACCAUUGCUGCUCCAACCACAGAGAGUUGUAUGGUUUUCCAGUGGGACCACAUUGAAAUGAACUUCAGGACAUACGAUAAUAUUACAGGUCAGUCUAUUGUGAGCUGCAAGUCGGUUGUCAUCCAGGAUGAGGUGUUUGUCAUCGUGGCUCAGCUCUUCGGAGGUUCUCACAUUUACAAGUUUGACGAUGAUCAAAGCCGCUUCAACAAGUUCCAGGACAUUGAAGUGACUAAGAUCUCCAAGCCCAACGACAUUGAGGUGUUCCAGAUUGGCACCGAUUGGUUCUUUGUGGUUGCAGACAGCUCCAAAGCCGGCCUGUCCACCCUCUACAAGUGGAACGACAACGGCUUUUACUCGUAUCAGUCUCUUCACGAGUGGUUCCGCGACACCGAUGCAGAGUUCCUAAACUUGGAUGGAAAGGCCCAUCUGAUUUUGGCGAGCCGCUCUCAGGUUCCUGUGAUUUACCAGUGGAUUCGGAGCAGCCAGAAGUUCGUCCAGCAGGGAGAAAUUCCAAACAUGGAAGAUGUAGUGGCUGUCAAGCACUUCCGGAUCAAAGAGGAGCUGUACCUGGCUUUGACGCGAUACAUCGGCGACUCCAAAGUUCUGCGGUGGAGCCCCAAACAGUUUGCCGAGAUCCAGGCAGUUCCUUCCCGAGGUUCCAUGACGCUGCAGCCGUUCUCCUUCAAAGAACGGUACUACCUGGCUCUGGGAAGCGACUACACCUUUUCGCAGAUUUACCUUUGGGACGAGGACAAGAAACUCUUUGAGCGCUUCAAGGAGGUGUACAUCCAAGCGCCGCGCUCCUUUACGGUGGUUUCCACCGACCGCAGGGACUUCGUCUUUUCCUCCAGCUUCAAGGGAAACACAAAGAUCUUUGAACACAUCUCCAUUGAUCUGAGCUUGUGAGGGGCCGUGCCUUAUUGUCCCUUCUGGAAUCAAAUGUCUUCCACAAAAAAAGGGACUAGCCAUUAUGAACUAGCCAAUACAAAUACAUACGCUAACAGAAGAGCUAGGUCAGGUAGCAUCUUAACUUCUUUUUCAAAUUUUUUUUAUCAUUUUGUUCUUGUAAAUUUCCAAACUUUAAGAGUUUACAAAACUAGAAAAGAAAGAAAUCCAAAUUGCAUGGAUAAUAAGAAUUUUGAAGUCAGUUUUUGUUCAAGGUUGUUUUUUAGUUCAUCUUUUACGUGCAAAAACAUUGACACUUCCCCUCCAAAAAUAGAAACCACCUGAAAAAAACUAAAAUCCCUUUGCUUGUCCAUCCAUGCUCCUAACAGCCUGUGGUAAUUACUGUACAGAUCUUUGCCCCACAGGAGCUCUGUGUUCUCAUGGCUCAACAGUGCCUCCCUCUGGCCGUGAUGAAGCAUCGCACCCAAAUCUUCCAAGGAAGAAAAGUUUGAAAGCACAAACCUUUAUUUAAAAAAUUCUUCUUGACUGUAGUUGUUUAGCUGUUGAAUUAAGUGUAGGUGCUAAACGCUGUGUUACAUGCAGCUUAUUAAAAAAAGUCAACAAUUUGCUCUUUUUAGGAGAGACUAAGUCGAUGCAAACCUACAGAAGGUGAGUAUUUUUAGUUUUACAACUUUUGCAUCUUUGAAACUUGAUGUUGCAGCAGUCUGUAAAAUUGUUGUUGAUCAGGGACGUCUAAGGGUAUCCAGUUUUGGUCUUUCUUUCUUAAAUAAACCUUCACCAUUGACGUCAGAGGCCUUGUGUGAAACUCUGUAAAUAGAUCCACUGGAAACAAAUCUGUCACGUCUGCUUUUUUUCAGAAACCUGAAUCUGGAUGACUCAUAAAAUGAACAGAAAAUUCUGAAAAGAUUUUUGGCAAUGUCACUACAGAUCUUUGCACUUAACUUCAAAAUGAAAAAAAAAGUUACUGCAGCUUGCAAGGGCAUGACAUUAAAACAAAACAAAAAAACUAUUUCUAGAGAAACUUGAUGUCUUCUAGUGCUUUAUUAACAAGAGGAAUGGCAUUGCGGAUUUAGAAAAAUAUGCAAGUUUUAAACUGAUUUUGUAUGAAUUCGGUAUUGAAUGUCACUUAUUCUGAAAAUUACUGUAAGUUUAUUCAGUUGAAUAUUCAAAUAAAGGAGUAAAAAUGCAA